GGCCACAGAAUUGUUACUCAGGGACAGACAGAAUUGUUACUGAGUGCCACAGAAUUGUUACUUAGAGAAACGGCCACAGAACUGUUACUUAGGGCCACAGAAACGUUACUUAGGGCCACAGAAUUGUUACUCAGGGACAGACACAGAAUUGUUACUGAGGGCCACAGA